GGGUCAAAAAACGCAUUACACACAAACAUUCUUCUUCCUCCUUUGAACGCUCGCAUUUGCGAUUCUAGUCAAAUUUAAUUGAUUCUAAACAUCAUCAUCUAUUCAUCUUUUCCGCUUAUUGAAUCAAACCAAACCCUAACCUCAUACUUAAACGACGCCGUUUUAUUCUUCUUCUCCAUUCUUCUGUUGAUUCGUAUUCGCACAACUCGUAACAAUGAAGGAAAAACUAUCAUUUUCUCUCCCUACAUCAAAAUCUUCAUCCAAAUCCAACAAUUCCGUUAAACCCUCUCAAACCUUCGAUCAAGAUUCUUCCACAAAUCAACAACAAAAACAAUUAAUCACUGAAUUCGAUCCAUCAAAAUCCCAAACCCUAAACCCAAAUCCCAAAACCCUAAUUGCCCCAAUCGAAAACCAAUGGCGCCCACACAAAAAAAUGAAGAAUCUGGAUCUCCCAAUCACCGAUUCACACUCUUCCCAUUCCUUAACCUUCGAACAAGACACAUCUUCAAUCUCCGAUCAACCGGCUGACAAGUCAUCCUACGGUCUCAACCUCCGCCCCACCACCACCGACAACAGCAGCAACAACAAACAGCAAUCCGAUGUUGUUGAUGAGCAGAGGCCACGUGCUUCAGUCGAGGUUUCAAUGCUGCAGAAGUUCAAGGAGGAUAUGGAGAGACUGCCAGCAGACAAUGGUUUUGAUGAGUACAUAGACGUUCCUGUUGAUGGUUUCGGUGCAGCACUUCUGGGUGGUUAUGGCUGGAAAGAAGGAAUGGGGAUUGGGAAAAAUGCCAAGGAGGAUAUUAAGGUUGUUGAGGUUAAGAGGAGGACUGCUAAGGAAGGUUUAGGUUUUGUUGCUGAUAUGCCUCCUCCUACGUCGAAGAAAGGUGAAAGGAAUGGGAAGUUGGAGAGUGAGAAGAGGAAGAAGGAGGAGAGAGUUGUUAGGAUUGUUAGAGGUAGAGAUGUUGGAUUGAAGGCUAGUGUUGUUGGUAGAAUUGGGGAUGAUGUUCUUGUUUUGAAGGUUUUAGGGAGUGAUGAUAAAGUUGAGGUUAAGGUAGAUGAUGUUGCUGAAUUGGGUUCUGUUGAGGAAGAUAGAUGUUUGAGAAAGUUGAAGGAUUUGAAUAUUCGUGGGAGGGAUGAGGAAAAAGGGUCUAGGAGUAAACGUGGCGAGGAAAAAGAGUCCAGAAGUAAGCGCGGGAGGGAUGAGGUUGAAGAGAGGAGAGUGAAUUCUAAUGGCGGGGAUAAGGAAGAUAAGGGGAAGAAACAGGUUUCUUGGCUUACAAGUCAUAUUCGGGUUAGAGUGGUUAGUCGAAGUUUCAAAGGGGGGAGAUUUUAUUUGAAGAAAGGAGAGGUUUUGGAUGUUAUUGGGCCUACUACUUGUGAUAUAUCUAUGGAUGAGAGUAGGGAGAUUAUUCAAGGGGUGUCUCAAGAUAUGCUCGAGACUGCUAUUCCACGACGAGGUGGACCUGUUCUUGUAUUGUCUGGUAAACACAAGGGUGCCUUUGGGAGUCUUGUUGAGAGGGAUUUGGAUAGGGAGAUUGGUACAGUUAGGGAUGCUGAUACCCAUGAGAUGCUCCGUGUCAAACUUGAGCAUAUGGCAGAGUAUAUUGGGGACCCAAGCUUAUUGGGACAUUGAUUCUAUUGUAUCCAUUGCAGUGUAGAACUUCCAUAUGAAGAAACAAAUUUACAAAAAUUCAGAAUCGUCGGUUUGCCCCUGUCCACAUCAUUGCCACCCUUUUCCGCUGUGUUUAUGGAAUGUUCUCCUUCAAGCCUAAUAGAAUCCGCCACCUCCAUACAUGUUGUGACUGUGAUCCGAGUGAAGGUAAAAAAAAAAAAAAAAAACUCGCAUUGAGGCCAGAAAUGUUAUCUAACUCAGAAACCUAAAUGAAAAAGACGAGAGUUAAACCAGUGUGGAACAUAAUAAAAAGUGAGAAUUUUGCAGUAUAGGGUUGCAAAUGCAUUGAUGAAUGGUGGACAUUUUGGAUUUGAGAGCUUGGGCAAUGGUUUGCAGGCAGUGGCGGAGGGCUUCCUUACACGGCUGAUUUGUCCUGCUAUGAUACAGACCCACUUAAGCCGCACUUGGUCGGUGGCUUUUCUGAUUGUUUGGUCAAACAAUAGCUUCUUGUCAUUUAAUGUAUUGAUAAAAAAACAGUAUAACACGGUACCAUCAGAGAGAGGAAAUGAAAAGGUUUGAGAUGGACUUAAGGUAUGCUAUACUAUUUACUAACUUCACACUUGAAACUCUAAUUUAUCCUUUUGAAUAUCGUGGUCUUUCUUUUGGGUAAGGUCAAUCUGUGGGGGAUUUUUAUUUUUGCAGGUUUCUUUCUUUCUUUCUUUAACUUGGUAGUAUUUCUAAUUUUAUUUCAUGUUAAUUAAAUAAUUUAAAUUUUGUAUGAACAGUUAAAGUUCCGGCACUGUGACCGAAAUCUGUGCCUUCAAGACACUGUAUUGUUUCUCUGCAGGUUUUUAUAUGCGGUUUUGCAUUUUCUUUCAGUUUCAUUUAUUUUUACUGUUGUUUAUAAUGUUGAUGUGGUGCUGUUUCAAUUGUUUGUAUGAUAUGUUUUCUGCAAUAUCUAGUAGCAAUUAGAGAAAUGAACAAUUAGUAUAUGUAUAAAUUAGCUUUGUGCUGGGAUCUGUGUGUUGCAGUAAUUUAUAAAUUUUCAAUCGAAGUGAACGCUGUUUUCAGGUAUCAUUGCCCGAUUUUAGGAAAUAAGCCCGUACAAUUUUAAACUCAAGACCUUUGUUUUCAGUCCUUGACUCCUUUCUAGGAAUUACCUUGUAUAAUCCCUUUUUCAUGGUUGGGUUUUCUAGUAAAUUUUGAAGGUUAUGGCUCAGGAUAUUUAUGCCUAUAAUUGAGUACUCUGCUCUGCAUUUUAACUGGUAGGGGGAGUAUUAGUGAUGUAUUAUGAGGAGCAAUAUUUAGUUGAUGGCAUUUUGGUCGGCUGUAUGGUGUGAAUUGAGCACCAGCUGUAAGUUGUACUCCAUGAUAUAUCGAUUGUGAAAUGUUAUGUGGCAAUGCUGGCUGAGAAGAUGUGGCUGGGACUGCCGAGUGUAGGAGUUAUAAUGCUGUUUUUGUGUCGUUUUGCGAUAUCCUGCUGCCUGGGAGGUAUGCCACUGGUUGUGUGUGUUGAGCUGUUGUAUUUUAAUGCUGUCAUGGUGUGAAACUAAUGUUGUAAGGUGGAUCUGGUCUAUCUGGUAUGUGCGGCAACCAAUCGGAUUGUGGAGUAGCUUGGAUCGCGUGUUGCAAAGUUGUUCUGGGCAUUUAGGUCCCGAUAGGCAGUUUAUAUAUAUUGGAUGGUGGUGUUUUUUAUUUAUGAUUUUAUGUUUAUGCACUGUGAGAUGAAAUGUCUGAGACAUACUUGUUGCCAAAGGAAGUUGUCAAAAAGUAAGGAACAAAAUAUGAUGGUAAAAUCCAUUCAAAUUAUAGUUGCAAUGGAAGCAUACUAUGAUUAGAAAUAGAAAAUAUGGUAAAUUGUUGUGAAAACACUUUUCUAAUUGGUGAGUUAUUGGUUCAAAAAAAAAAAAGGUGAGUUGAACAAGAAUAUGUAUAUGACACAAGAUAGAGGAGUUGAACACUUUUCUAUAUUUGGUCA